CUUUCAUUCUUCCCCUUGCUCUGCGAUAAUGUCACAUUCCGCCGCGAGUUCCGAUGGCUCGUUCGUCGGAGAAUCGUCCGGUAAGAAACCAAUUGAAUCGGCGUCAUCGUCUUCUUAUUCUUCGUCUCUGGAACCACUUUAUGAUGAAAUCGCUGUGAAUUGCUUCGCACGCGUACCGAGAUGUUACUACCCGGCGAUUUCACUCGUCUCGAGGAACUUCAGGCGUCUCAUCGCUUCGCCGGACAUCUACAUCGAAAGGUCAGUGAUUCGCCGCACUGAAAAUGUCCUGUACGUUGCGAUUAGAUCACAAGAUACAAAAGCCCUUAGCUGGUACACACUCAAUCUGAAACCCUUUGGAACAACGGAGCUUAGCCAUAGAUUAGUUCCGGUUCCGUCGUUCCCUUCAAUUCCUAGCUCUGGAGCAAGUAUUAUCUCGGCCGGUUCUGAGAUUUAUGUCAUUGGUGGAUGCAUCAACGGGGAACCAAUAUCCAUUGUCUCUGUUAUUGAUUGUAGAUCUCAUACUAGUACAUUCCUCCCUAACAUGAAGGAGCCACGCAAUUGCGCCGCCGUGGGAUUCAUUGACGGGAAAUUGUAUGUUGUUGGUGGUUGUAACACUCAGUCUAUCAACAGGGUUGAGGCUUUCAACUUCAAGACGCGAACUUGGGAGUCUCUUCCGAGUCUUUGUGAUGAAGACAUAGACCUGCACGGGAAGACGAGCAGUAGUGUUGUGAUGAAUGGUAUGAUUUACGGAUAUGGUGAUAGGAGUAGUUUUGUUUACGAUCCUGAAGAAGGUAGAAUCGGAAGAGACUUGUUGUUGGUGUCAUCCUGGAUGAUGAAGGGUCGUUGCGUCAUUGAUAACAUGUUUUACGCGUUUUUUCGUCUCCGGGACAAUAUGGUUGUAUAUGAUCUAAGUGUGAGGAAAUGGGGACUCUUGUUGGGUCUUCAAGAUUUACGUGAGGUGUAUGAAGGUUGUACAAUGGUGAAUCUUGGUGGGCGUCUUGCGAUUCUGUUUGUCGACCUUACAAAGUGUCCAGCGGAGAUUUGGUGUACAGAGAUUGCAUUGGAGAGGGCAGAAGAAGGAUUUGUUAAUGGGAGGCUCUUGUGGUCUAAUCAUGUGCUUACUUUGACAGGUCCCUUCAUCAUUGAACAAGCUCUAUCCGUAACAGUUUGAAUAUCUCAUGAUAUGUGUUGCAAAGAUGAGUUUGCAGGAACCAAGAACCGAUCUAGUUAGUUAUGUAAGGAUUUUAAGUGUCUGACCUUGGAAUUCAUAUUCUUGUAUGUUGCUGCUUUAAACAUGGAAAACCUCAAAAGUAUUGGAGCAGUUGGUGUGAUAAAGAUGAAGCAACUUAGUAGCUAAUAAACUAUUGAAUGUCCUAUCUUUUGGAUCUUUGGGCUAAAUCCGAGUACUUUUGCAAUUUCUUUCCCUUGGUUCUUGUUUGUAUGCAACUUUAUUGUUUGAUGAAAAGUUCAUAAUUGUGUUACCUACUGUAUUAAUCUC